AUGAAUCAAUGCAAUUCAGUAGUAAAGACGCCUCCCAAAAUUAGCAAGUUAAGGCAUCUAAGAACACUAAGCCUUUUCGUGGUGGGUUCAAAGCCAGGGUGCGGGUUAGCAGAGUUGCACAGCUUAAAUCUGGGAGGUGCGCUGAGAAUCAGAGGCCUUAACAACGUCCCCAGUGAAUGGGAUGCUAAACAAGCAAAUCUGAUUGGUAAGAAGGAGUUGAAUAUCCUGCACUUGUCAUGGGAUGGUAGUGCUAAUUCAAAAAGUAGUAAUGUUAGUGUGGAGAGAGUACUGGAAGCCCUGGAACCUCCGUCAACUCUGAAGAGUUUUGAGAUGAAUGGAUAUGAGGGAAAACAGCUAUCCAGUUGGAUGAGAAGUUCCAUAGUUUUGAGAGACUUGGUGAAAGUUAAGCUCUGGAACUGUGAAAACUGUGAGGAGCUUCCCCCAUUUGGUAAACUACCACACCUGAAAAGGCUAGAACUGAGUGGAAUGAAAAAUGUGAAGUGCAUAGAUGGUGAGACCUAUGACGGUGCGGAGGAGAAGGCAUUUCCAUCGUUGGAGGAAUUGAGUGUGGAUAAUUUACCAAAUUUGGAGAGGUUGUUGAGGGAUGAAAGAGUAGAGAUGGUACCUCAUCUUUUCGAAUUAAGGAUUGAGAGGGUCUCCAACCUUAAAUGUCCACGUCUUCCUGCUGUUGAGAAACUUGAUGCUCGAGGGAUUGGCGAAGCGGCUUCCUUCAUGGAAGUUGUGGGGAAUACGGCUUGUCUAAAGACCUUGAGCAUUGAAUACAUUAAAGGAGUGGUGGUAUUACCCGAACAAUUUAGCGGGUUGGGUGCACUACAGGAUCUAUACAUUGCAUAUUGGUAUGAUGUGGAGUAUUUCCCAGAACAUGUCUUGGAGUGUCUAACUUCUCUUCGAACUUUGUCUAUUAUUUACUGUCAUAAAUUAAAAUCCUUGUCUGAAGGUGUUCGACAUUUGGCAUGUCUUGAGAGAUUGAUAAUCUACGGUUGUCCAGAGUUGGUGGUUCUACCAAGCAAUAUGAGCCAACUAACCGCCCUUCGAGUCGUGUCAAUCUCUAUUUGCUCCACAUUACCAGAUGGCUUACAACGUGUCCCCUCCCUACGUUGUUUGGAAAUGUUGGAGUACAAGUCUACUUCAUUGCCGGACUGGGUGGGAGAUAUAUCUACUCUUGAAGAAUUAAGCAUCGAGUAUUGUAAGGAGUUGAGGUCACUGCCUAGCAGCAUUCAACGCCUCACCAACUUGUCUCGUUUAAUCAUACGCGGAUGUCCUCUUCUUGAGAAGCGGUGCAAGAGGGAAACAGGAGAGGAUUGGCAAUACAUAAAGCACAUUCCAAAUACAGAACUAUUUGCAUGA